AUGCUCUGGGCUGUUCCUCUGCUCCUGGUGAUACCAGCUGUCACCGCUCAGUCACCACUUUAUGGCCAAUGCGGUGGUCAGGGUUGGGCUGGCGCUACUACCUGUGUUUCUGGCUCUUGUUGUACAUACUCCAAUGCCUGGUAUUCACAGUGCCUUCCCUGCUCCAACGGCAGUAGUACUACUACUACUACCUCGACUACUUUGAAAACAACCACCACCAAACCCGCUUCCACCUCCAAAACCGUCUCUCCAACCUCGUGCCCUCUGCCCUCCCAGUAUAAGUGGACCUCGAGCGGAUCGCUCGCAAAUCCUGCGUCAGGCUAUCUCUCGCUUAAGGAUUUCACCCAUGUCCCGUAUAAUGGCAAGCACCUUGUGUAUGCUUCCAACGUCAACAGUGGUGGAAGCUACGGCUCGAUGAACUUUGCUCUGUUCUCGGACUGGUCUCAAAUGGGUUCCGCUACUCAAACCCAGAUGAGCCAGGGAGCUGUGGCCCCUGAUCUCAUCUACUUCGCACCGAAAGAUGUCUGGGUUUUGGGUUAUGAAUGGUGCCAAUGGGCAUUUUGUUAUCUAACAUCCACAAAUCCUACCGAUGCUAAGGGAUGGUCUUCGCCACAGCCACUUUACGAAGGAACCUUCUCGGGAACAGGCCCAAUUGACCCGGCUAUCAUUGCUGAUACUGAAAAGGUCUAUCUUUUCUUCGCUGGCGACAACGGCAAUAUCUACCGAGCUUCCAUGCCCAUUGGCAACUUCCCUGCCAGCUUUGGCUCAUCCGCCGAGAUCAUCCUGACCGACUCGACAUACAACCUCUUUGAAGCCGUCGAAGUCUACUCUAUUCAGGGCCAGAACCUCUACCUCAUGAUUGUUGAGUGCAUCGGUUCCAACGGAAGAUAUUUCCGCUCUUUCACGGCUACCAGCCUAGGUGGUACCUGGACUGCUCAGGCUAGCACUGAAUCGAACCCCUUUGCCGGUUACAGCAACAGUGGCGCCGCCUGGAGCAAGGAUAUUAGCAGUGGUGAUCUUAUCCGUAGCAGCGCUGAUCAGACUAAACCAGUCGACCCUUGCAACCUUCAGCUGCUCUACCAGGGAAGAAACCCCAACUCCAACGAUUCCUAUAACGACCUUCCUUACCGUCCAGGUCUUUUGACCCUGGUCCACUAG